AUGGUAAGUGGUAACGCAGUCGUAGAUGAAGGACGGAUUGCCUACAAACGGACUCAUUACCUCUCAGUGACCAUUGUCAAUUAUAAGACAAAAACUCCCACGGUUUAUAAAGGUUGUACGUAUGCGUACGCACUCAGAGCGCGUCUAAACUCAUCCGCAGUACUAGUGCUCAGUGUUACCAAAUAUAACGAAGCGUUUUUAAGUAUGGCGAAUUGUAAAUACAUUUUGAUACUUCUCGUGUCUGCCUCAACAUAUGCAGCGCCUGCUGGUAAAGAAACCAGCCAACAAAAAGCAGAAAAUGAUCUUAAGACGGCAAGCAGUUCAUAUACCAGUCAAUACUCUGACUGGGGAGGACAUAAUCCCGGAGGUUACACAUUCUCGGUGACAGGACUCGGUACCAUAGAUGAUAAAUAUGCAAAUGGUCCUGGAUAUAAGGGAUUUAGCGGUUAUGACAACUCAUUGAAAAGUGGUUAUACUGGAUACAAUAGAUACAAUGACAUAGCCGAUUAUGGCGGCGCAGGAUAUAAAGGAUACGGUUCUAAUAAUUUAGGUCAGGGUGGAUAUAGUUCUGGUGGAUAUGAUGCUGGUAGAUAUGGUGGUAGUGGCUAUGGCGCCAAUGAGUAUGGCGCUAGUGGAUAUGGCUCUAGUGGAUAUGGUGCCAGUGGUUAUGGUGCUAACGGUUAUGGUCCUAACGGUUAUGGUGCUAGUGGUUAUGGUGCCAGUGGUUAUGGUGCCAGUGGAUAUGGCGCCAGUGGAUACGGUGCGGGCUAUGGGGCUAGCGGAUACAAUCCAAACUUUGGUUCGUCACCAAAUGGUUAUGAAAAUAUCGGAAACGGAGGAUAUGGUGGCUUUGGAGGCAACGGCGGUUUAAACUCCUACUACGGUUACAAUAACCCUAACUAUAUAGGCGGUGGUCAUCUUGGCUAUGGAUAUUACAAAAAAGGAAACAUUUACAACAGUGGUGUUACACCAAGCUUAGUUGCUGGAUACAGGGGUUAUACAAGGCGA